CUACUUCCUUCACUCAUCAUGCCAUCCUUCAAUCAGAGCAUCUUCCAGCCUGCAGUUUUCUUCCUUACGGGCAUCCCUGGUUUUGAAACUUACCAUGCCUGGAUCUCCAUCCCAUUCUGUUGUCUUUAUACCAUUGCCAUCUCUGGGAAUGGAAUGAUCUUGUUUGUCAUCAUCACUGAGUCAAGUCUUCAUGAACCCAUGUACUAUUUCCUUUCUAUGCUAUCCUUCACGGACCUAGGAUUGUGCCUUUCCACAUUGGUCACCAUACUGGGUAUUUUCUGGUUUAAUGCUCGAGAAAUCAGCUUCGAUGCCUGCAUUGGCCAAAUGUUCUUUAUCCAUGGUUUCACGUUCAUGGAGUCUUCAGUACUCCUGGCAAUGGCCUUUGACCGCUUCAUUGCCAUCUGUAACCCAUUGAGAUAUGCCACAAUCUUAACCAACUCAAGGAUCAUCAAAGUGGGCUUUGUAAUAGUUAUUAGGGGAACAACAGCUCUAGUGCCUUUACUUCUGCUCCUUAAGCGUCUGUCCUUCUGCCAUAGUCAUGUUCUGCACCAUUCAUAUUGUUUCCACCCAGAUGUGAUGAAGCUUUCGUGCACAGACACCAAGAUCAACAGUGCAUUUGGCCUGUCCAUUGUUGUCUCUACUGCUGGCUUAGACUCCGUCUUGAUCCUCCUCUCCUAUGUUCUGAUAAUCCACUCUGUGCUCAGCAUUGCCUCCCCAGAGGAAAGGAAAAAGGCCUUUGGAACCUGUGUCUCACACAUAGGUGCUGUUGCCAUUUUCUACAUCCCCAUGAUCAGCUUGUCACUGGUGCAUAGAUUUGGGAAGCACGCCCCUCCCCUUGUGCAUACUCUCAUUGCCAAUGUUUAUCUACUUAUCCCUCCUGUAAUGAAUCCCAUAAUCUACAGUGUAAAGACCAAGCAAAUUCGUAAGGCUGUGCUCAAAAUAUUUCUUUCUAAGAUAAUUUAG